AUGAAAAAUAAUCUGGAGCAGCAGUUCUCAGAAGGUCUAGUGAUAACACCCUCAUCGAGCUCGGUAAGAGAAGAAAACUCAGUCUCAAUCCCAGAUGAUCUUCUUUUUGAUAUACUUUCGAGAGUCCCGGGGAAGUCUUUAGCUAGGUUUCGUUGCGUAUCCAAAUUCUGGAAAUCCCUACUUAACCGUCCUGAUUUCACGGAGCUGUACCUGACUGUAGGUCGUCGACGAAUCCUUUUCUUCUUCACAGUUAAUGGAGAGUCAUUUGUCUUCUCUUCGCCUCAACCUCCCAAUCAUAACUCUACUCUUGUAGCCACCAAUGCAAUGAGACUCAUGGCCAAAUACUUUCCAACUCGUCAAUGUACCGAGCUCUGCGGAUUGGUCUUCCUUCGAAGAAAAAAAGCGCGGGUGAUUUGUAACCCUGUCACUGGAGAGUCCAUAUCUUUACCCAGAGUGAAAGCGACGGGUGUUGGAAAAAGCUAUUUCGGCUUUGAUCCGAUUAGCAAACAGUUCAAAGUGUUGUGCAUGACAUGGUCACGUUAUGGAACACCCAACACUCAUCGGAUUUUGACUUUGGAGAAUGGAAAAAAACGUAUAUGGAGGACGAUCCCAGACCCAGUACUUCCCCAUUAUUCUAUUGAUGAUGAAAUAUGCAUCAAUGGUGUUUUGUAUUACGUAGCUUAUUUUCCAAGUGACCGUUCUAAAUGUAUGGUUUGCUUCGAUUUUGGGCUUGAGAAAUUCAGCUUUAUUAAAUUAAAACCAUACAUGAACUACUCUACUCGGCAGCUAACUUUGUUCAAUUACAAAGGUAAAUUAGGUGUACAUCAGUAUAUUGGUUCACUCCAUAACGAAAGAUCUGGGUUGUAUGUUCUAGAAGAUGUUGGAGAACAUAAAUGGUCCAAACGUAUAUGCAUACUGCCAGACAUAGUCUACCGUGAUAACAGGUUUGUCGGAAUGACGGCUACCGGAGAGAUUGUGUUUUCGUCGUGGUAUAAGCCUUUCUACAUUUUCUUCUACAAUAUCGAGAACAAGACUUAUACAAGAAUCCAUAUUCAGGGAUUUGAAGAGUUGCUUAAGCCUUUUCAAACUUUCGUUCAGAUCUUUUUAGACUUUGUAGAGGAUUUGAAGUUAGUCUAA